CUUAUAACUACUACUUCAGAGUAAGGUGAGACUAAAGAUCCUGAAUGAUCAAAUUUUCAUUCUCCCGAAAACCAUGGAGCUCCAGGACCAAGGCUAUUUCAGUAAGUACUGGCCGAGAUCGGCGUUGAGUCCUGAUGGGCGUGCGGUGAAACCUCAGGACCGCAACGGAAUGCCAAUCAGUUUUCAACGCCACUCGAGAAUAGGGCCAGGCGUAAUCUACACCGUAGUAUUUCUGCAGAAUGUAUUACCGCGGCGUUGUCAUACACUACUGCAGUCAGCGGAAGACAACAUCGUUCGCGACUUUGGAUCGGACGCUGCGACAACGCCCUACGAAUUCAGACACGCAACGUGUUUCACGAACCAGACCGCAGGCCACGACAUGACUACAACCCCCUCCAUCCACCGUCAAAUUCCGAUCAGUAACAUUCUCAGAAGUCGCCAAAAAUGUAAGCACGCUCUUGCUAGCCUACGAAAAGUUGGUCCUGGAAUUUGCAGCUGUGAAACUCGACUUCCAGGUUUUCGAGCACAAAAUCGCCAGCCUGCCCGGAAAGUACGCAGCAGAGCAGAACGGCGCUUUGUGGCUAGCAAGUAUUAAAGUACCUGCAACUGAACAUACACCUGCAAAGGAGAAGAUCAUAGGCUGCAUGAGUCUACGCGCCUUUGCCCCCUCACUCAGCGGCGAGCUCAAGCGCCUGUAUCUGACGUAGGAACCGCGAGGGCUGGGAGUGAGUAAGAUGCUGAUGGACAUCUCGAUUGCAAAAGCGCGGGAAUUGGGGUACAAAGAGUUGCUGCCCGAUAUACUGGAAAGUACGACGGUAGCGAGGAGGUUGUAUGAGAAGCUCGGCUCUGUGGGGACUGAGGCGCAUUAUGAGAGUGAUCUGGAUGCGAUGCUUUAUCGACUGGAGCUU